GUUAUGCUGCUGGUACAGAGAGCAUUUCAGAGCAUUUGAAGUAAACGCAUCGCAUCUGAGAGAGUUGGUCUUUGUCGAGCAUGGUGAACUGAUAGAUGACUAUCCACUUGUGUGCUACUUGGUUGGGACCGUUCAGAUGCUGACUUUGAAAAGAUACAUUCACAUAGCAACAUAAAGCAUAAAAGAAAGUUUAUAUUCCUUUGAGUAUAAAUAUUCUUCACAGUACUUUUCAGUACAAAUUACAACAAAUCUUGACACUUAAAAAUGCUUUAAUUGUUUUUCCAUUGGCUUACAGAGGCUUGAGUAGACAUGACUUUCAAAGGCUGAACAGAACAAGAUAACUUUAAGACUGAUAAUCAGGGCAAUGGCUGGACCUGUGAAACUUAGAGUAAUUCUAGCUGACAAUGAUGCCAGGAAGUUGAUCCUACCUGAAGGGGUGCCAAGUUCAACUGAGGGCCUCACACAAAUAAUCACUGAAACAUUUUUGCUUAAUGGGGAUAUCCGCUUGCAGUAUAAAGAUGAUGAUUUUGGUGGUGAGUUUAUUAAUUUGACAUCAGUAACUGAUGUUCAAGACAAAGGAACCUUAAAGGUCAUCUUUAAGCCUACAGGACAAAACCAAGAAAAAGUCAAGGAAAGUUUGGGUUCUUGUGAGUCUCCAGAAUCAACUUCUCACUCAACACUGCACAAGUCAGAUGAUUCUGCAUCGGUCUCCUCAUUGGAAACUGAUGACACUGUCCUUUUAUCUUCCCCUGAUCCUUCUCCUGGGUCAGUGCAAUCCAUAUCAAGAUCUACCACGUGGCCACUUGUAUUCCCGAUUCCACGCUUCUCUUAUGACUCCGAAAUAAUUCUAGGACAAGCCAAUGCUGAAUACCAUGCCAAUGGAACUCGUCUUAGUCCAUCUACAAAGCUGAAAUCACACAUUCUAGAAAGCCUAGCUGAGGAAAUCAUAAAAUUCAAAGCAUAUCCAACCGAUGUAGACCUUAAUGCAGUGGCAGAAACAUUGAUCAAUAAACACCCUUGCUUACGAGAGCAAGGCUCGUACAAUGGAUGCAAUGGGUGGAAAAUAAGCCUCAAGUACAAGAUGGCAAACUUUCGUACCAAGCUCAGAAGUGUCGGGUGUUCUGAGGUAAGCAUAAAUUCAUUAAAGAACAAACAGCAAGAUCAGUGCCACGCUGCUUCAAAUAUUAAGAAGCCUAGAAGAGCAGAAGUGAAUUACUGCCCUCAGCAUCCGAAGGGAGAAACUUCUGACAGUCUGGAGAAGGAACGAGUUCAGCUUUUGACAGAGAUCAGAAAAAGAAACAAUGACAAAAUAGUCAAAGAGAAGAUGGAAAUAACCUUUUCAUACAGAAGACAGGAAGUGGUUCAGAAGAAGCCAAUGGUAGCAGAGUUUAAAACUCGAUGGCCAGCUCUCUUUAAUGUUGAUGAAAUCAAUAAUGAAUUCAUGAGAAUUACAACAGUCCCACUGCGUUUCAAGUUUCUUGCUAUGCUUGACAAAUAUUCAGACAGCUUGAUGAAGAUUUUUCACACUAAGGGCGGAGUCAAUGGCCAAACAAUAAAAAAUCGCGAAAUCGAAAGUGAAAGGCUGCCAAAGAACCCCCAUUGA